AGCCGUUCCGGGGCGGAGCCGCGAGCGCCCGGCGGGGUUUGUGCGCUGCACGCGGCGAGAUGGCGGACAGGGAGGAGGCGCUGCGGGAGUUCGUGGCCGUCACCGGCGUCGAGGAGGAGCGGGCACGCUUCUUCCUCGAGUCCUCCGGCUGGGACCUCCAGAUUGCGCUUGCCAGUUUCUAUGAGGAUGGGGGUGAUGAGGACAUCCUGACUCUUCCCCAGCCGACUCCCAGCUCUGUAUCCAGAGGCACUGCAGCCAGUGACCACAGAGUAACAUCGUUUAGAGACCUCGUUCACGCACAGGAGGAUGAUGACGAAGAGGAGGAAGGGCAGCGGUUUUAUGCUGGUGGCUCAGAGAGAAGUGGACAGCAGAUCGUUGGUCCUCCGAGGAAGAAGAGUCCCAACGAGCUGGUGGAGGAUCUGUUCAAAGGAGCAAAGGAGCACGGAGCAGUGGCGGUUGAUCGGACGGCCAAGAGUGGUGGCGAGACAAGCAAGCCAAAACCCUUCGCAGGAGGAGGGUAUCGCCUUGGGGCUACUCCAGAGGAGGAGUCUGCUUACGUGGCAGGAGAGAGAAGGCAGAACUCUGCCCAGGAUGUGCACGUUGUACUGAAGCUCUGGAAGAGUGGAUUCAGUCUGGACAGCGGAGAACUGAGGAGCUACCAGGAUCCGUCCAAUGCCCAGUUCCUCGAUGAUAUCCGCAGAGGGGAAGUCCCGGCAGAGCUGCGUAGGUUAGCACGGGGCGGACAAGUGAACCUGGACAUGGAGGAUCACCGGGAUGAGGAGUACGUGAAACCUAAAAGUGUCUUCAAAGCUUUUACUGGAGAAGGACAGAAGCUGGGCAGCACCGUGCCCCAGGUGAUGGGCACCAGCUCGCCAGCCCAGCAGGCGGAGAAUGAAGCCAAAGCCAGUUCUGCCAUUGCUAUUGAUGAGUCAGAGCCUGUCACCAACAUCCAAAUCCGGCUUGCCGACGGUGGGCGGCUGGUCCAGAAGUUUAACCACAAUCACAGGAUCCGUGACAUCAGGCUCUUCAUUGUAGACGCCCGGCCAGCGAUGGCUGCCACUAGUUUUGUCCUCAUGACUACCUUCCCCAAUAAAGAGCUGACGGAUGAGAACCAGACCCUGAAGGAAGCCAACCUGCUCAAUGCCGUCAUCGUGCAGCGGUUGACAUAAAGGAACCCGCCUUGGCCACACGCCUGCCUGCAGCGCGCAUGUGUUGUCUCCUCCUGUGCGGGCACCCGUGCCGUGCAACACAGGCUCACAUCUACUCGUAGCUCUGGGUUCUUAGGUCUUGGACUUUUUUUCUCUUUAGUUGCGUUUCCCAUGGGGGUUUUUUUUGUGAUGAUCAGUGGACUUUAAAAUAAAUAAAUGAAACGAAUCCGU